AUGAAGAAUGAUAUGGGUAGGUACUACUAUGUCAAAGUUAAUACUUCUAUAUUUAGUGCGUGGACGUGUCAAUCUGUAGCAGAAAUGCGGUUGAUCGCCCAGAAAAGUGGUGUACAAAAUUUCGUGCGGAAAACUACGCACGAUGUACUUGACGAGAGCCAAGGGUAUAUAAAGGAUGACCGAGUCACGUUGGAAAUAACUGUGAAAGCGGAAGCCCCCAAAAAUAUGAUGUAA